CGGAGUAACAGCGUUCUAGCCGUCUCCUUCCUCCUCGCACCACCACCUCCGCCGCCGGGACGCGGGCCUUCGUCGGCCGAACCCGCGCGCCCCGCACCCUCCUGUUCCGGCUGCGGCCCGGGGCCCGCCCCCUGACCUCGCGGUCCUGGGCUCUCCGCUCUGGUGGAGGGCAGGCGGCACCGGUGCUCCUCCGUAACAGCCCCGACCCAGCGCGCGGCGUCCAGACACCCUCCCCUUGCCCACCCAGCCACCUAGAAAGGCAGGACACUGGCUGAUGCACUUCCCCUAAACCAGGCCGUUGCUCUGCUGUCUCCUCUUACUCACACGGACUUCAGAAUGCUUGUCGGUUCUGUUUUGUCCACUUUUGUAACUCCAGGACCUUCCGCUCUCUGCUAAUACCUUUUGGCCCUUCCCUCUUCCCAGUGCAUCCUCCCCCAGAGACACUCAAACUCCACACGACCUGGGUCUGGUUCGCGGCCUGCCAGCUCCCUCCUGAUCGCCCCUCUUCACCUCUUCCACCUUUCUGCUCCCUGUUUUUUUUUUUUUUUUUAAUCACCUGUCUCUGUCCCUUCGUUCCCCUUGUCACUUCUUGGGGCUCCUCAUAAACAGGGACCAGUCGGUAUCCCUUGGCCCAGGAUGUGAGACCCUUUAACCUGUAAUGCUGUGGCUGGCCCUUGGCGCCUCCCCUGCCAUGGAGAACCAAGUGCUGGUGAUUCGGAUCAAGAUUCCAAAUAGUGGCGCGGUGGACUGGACUGUGCACUCCGGGCCGCAGUUACUCUUCAGGGAUGUGCUGGAUGUGAUAGGCCAAGUUCUGCCUGAAGCAACAACGACAGCCUUUGAAUAUGAAGAUGAAGAUGGAGAUAGGAUUACAGUGAGAAGUGAUGAAGAAAUGAAGGCGAUGCUGUCAUACUAUUAUUCCACAGUAAUGGAACAGCAAGUAAAUGGCCAGCUAAUAGAGCCACUGCAGAUAUUUCCAAGAGCCUGCAAGCCUCCUGGGGAACGGAACAUACAUGGCCUGAAGGUGAAUACGCGGGCUGGACCAUCUCAACAUACCAGCCCUGUGGUCUCAGACUCACUUCCAAGCAAUAGCUUGAAGAAGUCCUCGGCUGAACUGAAAAAGAUACUGGCCAAUGGCCAGAUGAAUGAACACGACAUACGGUAUCGAGACACCCUUGGUCAUGGCAACGGAGGCACAGUCUACAAAGCAUAUCAUGUCCCAAGUGGGAAAAUUUUAGCUGUAAAGGUUAUUCUGUUAGACAUUACACUGGAGCUUCAGAAGCAGAUCAUGUCUGAGUUGGAAAUUCUUUAUAAGUGUGACUCAUCGUAUAUCAUAGGAUUUUACGGGGCAUUUUUUGUAGAAAACAGGAUUUCAAUUUGUACAGAAUUCAUGGAUGGGGGGUCUUUGGAUGUAUAUAGGAAAAUUCCGGAGCAUGUCCUCGGAAGAAUUGCAGUGGCGGUUGUUAAAGGCCUUACCUACUUGUGGAGUUUAAAGAUUUUACACAGAGAUGUGAAGCCCUCCAACAUGCUAGUCAACACAGGCGGACAGGUCAAGCUGUGUGACUUCGGCGUCAGCACGCAGCUGGUGAAUUCUAUAGCCAAGACGUAUGUUGGAACAAAUGCUUAUAUGGCACCAGAGAGGAUUUCAGGAGAGCAGUAUGGGAUCCACUCUGACGUGUGGAGCUUAGGGAUCUCUUUCAUGGAGCUUGCUCUUGGGAGGUUUCCAUAUCCUCAGAUUCAGAAAAACCAGGGAUCUUUAAUGCCUCUCCAGCUUCUGCAGUGCAUUGUUGAUGAGGAUUCACCAGUCCUUCCGCUUGGCGAGUUCUCGGAGCCGUUUGUACAUUUCAUCACUCAGUGCAUGAGGAAACAGCCCAAAGAAAGACCAGCGCCCGAGGAACUGAUGAUUCCUGUCAAGGCCAGCCAGACAAGCAGCUCAGGAGGAGGCAGUCACUCACCGGCAGGGUGUUUGCCCGUGUGGGGGAGGGAAAGGAAGCGUCCUCCCAGUGGGACUCUGCCCGGCUCCCACCAGCUGUCAGGCAACCCUUUAACCUCUCAGCCUGUCCCCAAUGAGGGUCGUCACUCAGGAGAGGCGGGUGAGGGCCACAGGCACCCACAGCUACAAUCUGGGCUCAGUGUGGAAGAUCGUUCUAUGCAUUUAGAGCAUUUCCUAGAGCUUCCCGUGUCUAAGCUCUAUUUAAUGGAAUCUAUGCAUAGUAAGUAAUCAGGUCAGAAGAAAGCAGCGUCCCGGUUUGAGAUCAAUCGCUGGCUAAUACUUUAUCGAGGCCACUUUAUUAUCUCAUGCUGAUCUGAAUCCAUUCUCCUCCUCCUUUGUAGCACACACUUCGGCUGUGGGAAAAGUACAGAUCCCAUACAUAUUAAAAACAUAUACCCAUUCUAUCUGUAUGUAAAUGCGUGAGGCACAGCUGGAUAUUGCAGAGGAGUUUGAUUUACUAAUAGUUAUUAUCUGUUCUCGCCGUUCAGUGGCAGAGAGAAUUUCAGAAAAACAAGCUGGCACAGAAAUUGUCUUUAUGCUAUUACUAUCCUGCUUCGGUAACUGUUUAAAAACAUGGGUUUUCUCUGUAGGCUCUAAUAAUGCCUGUCGUUUCCCUGUGUCUCUCUCUGCAUUCCAGAACAGGGUAUCCUGUGUUAGUCUCGUCCCCAGUUUGGUUUUUCUGUUCCUAAGAAGCAACCUGGGGCUCAGUUUGCUGUUGGAAUGUCACAAUUUGCUUAGGAACCAUGUAAAUCUUGGGACUGGAUAUACAAGCAGGGGUGGGCCUUUGCGGGGGGUGGGGGGGUGUUCAGCUGUAAUCACAACAGGGUUUUGGAUGCUUGCUCCUCCACCUGAUUCCAGCUGCAGACACGCCGGCCUCGGAUUUCUCCAUAAAGGCUUUGUGUGUGAGAGGUGGGAAUGUUUGGGGGCUAAUAAACACCAAACUGCUCCAGAAAAAUCUGUUUAAACAUUUAAUUACUUGCAAAGAGAUGUUAACUUGUUUAACUCCUCUAAAUUAAAUUGUCACUGGUAGCUUUUCUGUUUGCUUGAACCUGAUUGUAAUUACAUUUUCAAAUACUGU